AUCAUGCUAGCCAAAGAGAAGGAGCAGCCAAAAAGCAUUCUCCUCAAAAUCUUCACUGAGAACAUCAAGAACUGUGCCUGUUCCGUAACUAUAACAGUGACAAAUUCCGACACGGCAAAUGACACUAUCAACAUGUUACUAACAAUGCUGGGAAUAACCGGCUCUGAGAAAGACUUCCAGCUGUGGGUGAGUUCUGGCAAGGAAAAACUUCCACUAACUGGACAUGAACAUCCCUAUGGAAUUAAAAUGAGCCAUCUUCCAUCUACUAAACUGCUGCCAAAGGAAGCAGAGGACUCCGUCUCUCCUUCCCCUACUCAGGAGUCCCUCCUUCUGGAGCAGAAGAUCACAGACAUGCAAAUCCAUUUCAUACUGAAGCCCAGGCACCCAGCCCAGAACAAGCAAGGGAGAGAUUCAGGCCAGAAGACCAUGAAAAGCACUGUUUUCAGAGACUGGGCCUUUUGGUGGCGCGCUGGCACUUGCCAGAAAAACCACUGCAGAGUUGCACCAUCUGCAAAACCACGACAACUCUUUGGGGUUUCCCUCACAGAUAUCUGUGAUAAGGACAACUUGCCCUUCCCAAUACUGGAUAUGCUUUCCGUGAUCAAUCAGAAAGGACCACUCCUGGAAGGCAUCUUCAGAAAACCAGCCUGUAUAAAUUCAUGCAGAAACCUAAAAGAGAAACUAAAUUCUGGGGACAGAGUUAACUGUUACAGCAAAUCUGUUCAUGUGGUAGCAUGUGUUUUAAAGGAUUUUCUUGAAAAUAUCGAAGGAAGUUUACUUUCAUCCAAACUCUAUGAAAAAUGGCUUGGUGUUCUUAACGAAGUGACUGAGAAGGAAAAAAUAAAUGCAGCCCAGAGGCUUCUAACACAGCUGCCAAAAGCGAAUGUUGUUCUCUUGCGAUACCUUUUCGGUGUGUUAUACAACAUUGAGCAACAAUCCUCAUCCAAUCAGAUGACAGCUUAUGAUUUAUCAGUGUGUAUAGCCCCAAGUAUUCUUUGUCCACUUAAUUCCUGCAGCUUGGAAUUGGAAGACAACUUCAUUAAAAAGGCUUCUCUUGUACAGUUUUUGAUCGAAAAUUGCCUCAAGAUAUUUGGAGAAGACAUCACUUCUCUCUUGGGAGAGAAUUCAAAGAGUUGUCAUAACAAUGAGAAGGCUGCAGAUUCAGUCCAGAACACCUUGAAAAGCACUUCUUUUAGAGACUCGGACUUUUGCCAGCGCAUUGGCACUUCCCAGUACAACCAGUGCACAGCUCUACUGUCUGCAAAACCAGGACAGCUCUUUGGAGUUUCCCUUACGGAUAUCUUUGAUAAGGACAUCAUGCCCUUACCAAUACUGGAUAUGCUUUCCUUUAUCAAUGAGAAAGGACCACUCACAGAAGGCAUAUUCAGAAAACCAGGUAGUAUAAAGUCAUGCGGAAUCCUAAAGAAGAAACUGAAUUCUGGAGACAGAGUGAGGCAUUACAGCAAAUCUGUUCUUGUGGUAGCAUUUGUUUUAAAGGAUUUUCUUGAAAAUAUCGAAGGAAGUUUACUUUCAUCGGACCUCUAUGAAAAAUGGCUUGGUGUUCUUGACGAAGUGACUCAGAAGGAAAAAAUAAAUGCUGCCCAGAGGCUUCUAACACAGCUGCCAAAAGUGAAUGUUGUUCUCUUGCGAUACCUUUUCGGUGUGUUAUACAACAUUGAGCAACAAUCCUCAUCCAAUCAGAUGACAGCUUAUGAUUUAUCAGUGUGUAUAGCCCCAAGUAUUCUUUGUCCACCUAAUUCCUGCAACUUGGAAUUGGAAGACAACUUCAUUAAAAAGGCUUCUCUUAUACAGUUUUUGAUUGAAAAUUGCCUCAAGAUAUUUGGAGAAGACAUCACUUCUCUCUUGGGAGAGAAUUCAAAGAGUUGUCAUAACAAUGAGAAGGCUGCAGAUUCUGACCAGAACACCAAGGAAAGCAGUGCUUUCACAAACUCGUCCUUUGGCCACUGUGCUGGCACUUGGCAGAACAACCAGUGCACAGCUGCACCGUCUGAAAAAUCAGGACAGCUCUUUGGAGUUUCCCUCACGGAUAUAUUUCAUAAGGACAACUUCCCGUUCCCAAUACUGGAUUUUCUUGAAAAUAUCGAAGGAAGUUUACUUUCAUCGGAACUCUAUGAAAAAUGGCUUGGUGUUCUUGACGAAGUGACUGAGGAGGAGAAAAUAAAUGCAGCCCAGAGGCUUCUAGCUCAGCUGCCAAAUGUGAAUGUUGUUGUCUUGCGGUACCUUUUUGGAGUGUUAUACAGCAUUGAGCAAGAAUCCUCACCCAACCAGAUAACACCUUAUGAUUUAUCAGUGUGUAUAGCCCCAAGCAUUCUUUGUCCACCUAAUUCUGGCAGCUUGGAAUUGGAAGAGAACUUCGUAAAAAAGGCUUCUCUUAUACAAUUUUUGUAUGAAAAUUGCCUCGGGAUAUUUGGAGAAGACAUCACUUCUCUCUUGGGAGAGAAUUCAAAGAGUUGUCAUAACAAUGAGAAGGCUGCAGAUUCAGGCCAGAAGACCACUAAAAGAAGUCUUUUCAGAAGGUUAGCCUUUUGGUGCUGCGGUGGUAUUUGCUGGAACAAGUGCACAGCUGAGCCUUCUGCAGAACCCAGAGAGCGCUUUGGAGUUCCCUCUCGCGGAUAUCUGUAGUAAUGACAACUUGCCCUUCCCAAUUCUGCACCUACAUGUGGACAGCAUUCUGCCAACAAGUAAAGAGAAAUCAAGUUAAGUCACAGACAGGUGCAGCUGAAAUACCAAAUCACCCAUUGCCUUUUCUAGAGUUAUAUUUACUUGUGCACAGUGGGGACUAUAUUUCCUUACAAAACAAGAGAUAGUUACAUUUGCUGUUUUGAAAUAGCAGAACUGAACCUCAAAUGCAUGAGAUCAUGAAAUCUUAGUGGGGUAUGGUACUUGAAAAGGGACAGUGGGCAAGUUGUCAGAGAAAGUGGAGAUUUGUGAGUGAUGCUGGAUGUUGGAAGGAGAUAGGAAAUUUGAAAAGUAGAUACAUCUAGAUAUCCAGGAGUAAAUGUUUUGUGAUAGUGAUAGAAUCAGAAAGAAUUAGACUGGAAGGCAUUGUGAGUUUAUUUGGUCUUAGCUAUUGCCACAAUACAGAAGCAGUUCCAUUGGUAAAAGCUUAUCAAAUGGUGGCUUACAUGAUCCUGUGUAAUUUCAGAGAAGUCCCCUCCCCCAAUCUUCCAAGAUUGUGUAUUCCACUUUUUCACUGUCAUACCCCACUUAAGUGUUUUUCUUAAUUCCAUACCAACUGUCCUUUUCAUAGGGUGAGGUCUGAGAGGGGCAGCAAUGAUCACAUCAUCCUGUAUAUGCAUUUCUCUUUAACUUCAUUAAAGCUCUUGGGAAAGAUGUUAUUUCACCUGUGAUUGAAUCUACUUCUGAAAGGGAUGAGAUUAUAAAGUCUACCUACACUAUUUUACAGAUUAAGUGAAAGAGUUUCAAAGAUGAUGAGACUCACCCAAGGUGAAAUGGCCCACAUGGGAAAUCCAAAGCCAGAAGAACAAUCUUGUCUCCUAAUUAAGUGUUCUUACUUUGUAUAUGACAUAUAAGUGGCUAUUUCAUGAGUAUAUUAAUAUCAGAUGUACAUAACAGAAUAUAAGUUUUUUUCCUGCUCAUAAGAUUGAGGUAGCAUAGUAAAUAAUAGGUGUCUGGCCAAAGAAAGGAAAUUAUUUUGUGAGUCAUUGAAAAUUAAGCAGAAGAAAUAAAAGAAAUAUAUGAGGACAAAUUCCCUUUAGCCCUUAAAUGCAUUGGGUUGUUUUAGCCUCCUUUAAGAAAUGUUUUAUCCAGGAAAAUUGAAAGCUAUAUAGAUGAACUCAUUCUAUUUCACUCCUGAGUUCACUAUGCCAGUUCUUCUCAUGGUUCUAGUUCUAGACUGGCUCUAGGAUUUGGUAAGUGUGAGCUUUACAAUUGUUUAUCAUCGCUUAGUCUCAAUUCCCCCAUCGGUAAAAUGUGCACAGCUUGGAGGUGUUCUUCUGGGAGAUGGACCCAGAUUUUUUUGGAUUUUUUAAUCCAGAAUUACUCUUUUAGGUAGGUGCUAUUGAUCCUAUUUUGUAGAUAAGGUAAUAAAUGAAGUUAAGAUAACCUUUCCUGAGGAUACAUUGCUAAUAAGUUGUAUACCAGAAUCCCAAGUCAGGUCUGUCUGAUUCCAAGGCAGAGUCUCUCCACCCAGUGUACUUGGAAAUGCACUUGACAUUUUCAUCCAUCUCUCAGAAGGUGAAAAUCUGAUAAAGUACGUGAUAUUUUUAGAAAAUUGCCAAGUGCUAUAUUGAUGUGAGGUAUUGUUGUUUCUUUUAUGUGUUCUUAGCCACUUAUUGGAAAAUAGCAGUACGAUCCAAGGCAUAAAUAAGUUUUAUAUUUUCUGCUUUAUGGAUGAGGAAAUUGAGGCCCAUGGGAUAAGGAAGGAUAUCUACAUAGGCAGAAAGUAGCAGAGUAGUGUCAGUUCCUAGUCUAUUUCUAAAGCCCAUCAUCCAGUCUCUCUCCUUAUUCCUCUCUAGACCUGAGUUUUUAUUCUGGCAUAGGGGCUGAUUCCAUCACUAUGUACUGAUCCUGUGUUGGAACUUCCCAAUCAGCUAAGACACUCUAGCAAGGUAAGAGUAGGUUACUAGUAUGGAAAGAGGUAAUGACAUUGACGAUAGUAUUUUUUAAAGACUAUAUGCAUACAGGUAAUCAUUCAAACUUCAUGACAGUUGGAUAUAACACUAUAUGGUGGCCCUUCCAUACUUUAUGAAUUCAGAAACGGUCAUCGUGGUGCAUUAGGAUUUUGGCAGAGCACCCGCCUCAAGAGAAUACUCUGUAGCAGCUCUACCAUAAGGCACUAUCUCCAAUUUUCCUGUUGAAUCAUUCCAGCCAGGUUACUUACUACAUUUUUCUGGGCUUGUUCAUCUUCAUUUCCUAAGUUUGUUAAAAAAAAACCCUAACAAUUAGGAUAUUCAGAGAAGCUCUUGUAUGUGUAAAUUUGCCUGUAAAUCUGAAUUUACAGAUGUAUGAGAAGUAUGAGAUGUUACUACCAAAAUGAUGAAUCUAAUAAAACUGUAAGCCACCAUGAUUUUUUUGUGUCAUUCAGAGAAACAGAUCAACAUUCUCCUGUACUUUACUUAUUUGAAUAGAUUAUCAGUCCAAAGGAAGAGCUUUGCAAGUAGUUUGUUACUAAAAUGAUUUAUUUUUUGGUUGGGAAUUAUAAAUGACUCUGUGUAGAUUUGUUGAAGAAUAGUAGUUAAUUUUAAAAAUGGCUGAAUUUGGGUUAUCCGGGUGGCUCAUUUGGUUAAGCUUCUGCCUUCAACUCAGGUCAAGAUCCCAAGGUCCUGGGAUCAAACAACACAUGAGUUCUCUGCUC